GGGCCUGCAUCCGGGCGGCGCCGGGCUGCGGUGAGGCGGAGAGCGGCGUGCGGAACCUACCAGGGCCAGUUCACCAACGGCAUGCGGCACGGCUACGGCGUGCGGCAGAGCGUGCCCUACGGCAUGGCUUCGGUGGUGCGCUCCCCGCUGCGCACCUCCCUGUCCUCCCUGCGCAGCGAGCACAGCAAUGGCACGCUGCCGCAGCAGGACUCCCCCGCCGCCCACCCCGAGAGCCUGCCCGCAUCGCCCACCAUCACCCGCGGCGGCUUCGCCCUCAGCCUCUACGCCGAGGCCGGCAAGGUGAAGAAGGGGGGUCUGUUCCGCAGGGGCUCCUUGCUGGGGAAGCUGAAGAAGUCCGAGUCCAAGUCGUCGCUGGCCAGCCAGAAGAGCCGCGUCAGCUUCCUCAAGAGCGAGAGCGGGAUCAGCUCGGCCGCCAGCGAUGCCACCUCCACAGCCAGCCUGGGCGAGGGGGCGGAGGGAGAGGAGUACCCCCCCUUUGAGUCCGACAUCGACGCCACCACCACCGAGACCUACAUGGGCGAGUGGAAGAACGACAAGCGCUCGGGCUACGGAGUCAGCGAGCGCUCCAGCGGGCUGAAGUACGAGGGUGAGUGGCUGGACAACCUGCGGCACGGCUACGGCUGCACCACGCUGCCCGACGGCAAGAAGGAGGAGGGCAAAUACCGCCACAACGUCCUCGUCAAGGGCAUGAAGAAGCGCGUCAUACCUCUGAAGAGCGCCAAGAUCCGGCAGAAGGUGGAUCGGAGCGUGGAGGGGGCCCAGAGGGCAGCAGCCAUCGCCAGGCAGAAGUCGGAGAUCGCGGCAUCCAGGACAACUCAUGCCAAAGCCAAGGCUGAAGGCUCUGAGCAGGCAGCUCAGGCAGCUAACAACGAGUCGGGCAUAGCCAGGAUGAUGGCCAGGGAGCUCUCCCCAGACUUCUACCAGCCAGGCCCCGAGUACCAGAAGCGGAGGCUGCUGCAGGAGAUCAUGGAGAACGCAGAGCACGCCGUCAACAUGGAGGAAGCGACACCCCCUCAGCCCAAAGGUGCCCCGCCACCCCCAACACCUCCCGAGAGCCCCCAGCUGAACGAGCAGGAUGAGGCCCCCCGCCGACGCAGCCCAGCCCCCAGUCCCGCCGCCACCCCUCCGGAGGCCAAGCGGGCCAAGCCUCAGCAGGACGGAGCCCUGCGGCCCGGCAGCUGGGCUGGGGCGGGUGGCGGUGGGGCCUCCGAUGGCGAAGGCCGUCCGGCCUCGCAGGGCGCAGUACGGCCGGCCGAGCAGAUGGAGAUCAGGCCGCUGCAGCGCAUGGCGCGUGAGCCCGACGUCGAGCACUACAAGGGCUACCACAGCUACGCCGUCAGGACCUCCCGGUCUCCCCCACUGCGGACUAUGAGGAGGAGCCGCACUCUGAGCGUGGGCCGCCAUCCCCGGAAGCCCCAGAGAGAGCCUCAGCGGCGCGGGGGCACCCCGGUGCCCACACAGGAGCCCGCGGAGAGGCACGCGCCCCAGGCGGAGGCCAAGGCGGAGCAGCCGCAUCCCAAGGAGCUGAAGUAG